AUGUCGCUUGAGGAUAUAUCCACGUUAUAUGCCGAGGAUUUAGCUGUUUCAGCAGAUGAAGAAGAUACCUGCCAUCCGAACAAAAUCUUGGAACAUUCAGAAGAAAAUUGUAAAUUUACUGCAGAGAUUCGAGUCUUCUCGCAAUUAAUGGCCCAGAUGAUGCGGAAAAUGGAUGAACAGCGGGAUGGAGUCUAUGGACAAACCGUCGUGUUGCUAAAGCUACAGACUGACAAAAUGGCGGUUGAUCUACGAGAUCUACGCAACAUUGUCGCUGAAACUAGAGAAAAAUACAGUACUCAGAUCACAGAGCUAGUACAAGUUGUUAAGGAAUUAAAAGAGGAGAUUUCUUCACGUCCAAACGAUUCCCAUACAGAACUUGUACAAGUUGUAAAGGAGUUAAAAGAGGAGAUUUCUGCACGAACGAACGAUUCCCGUACAGAGCUUGUACAAGUUGUUAAGGAGUUAAAAGAGGAGAUUUCUGCACGAACGAACGAUUCCCGUACAGAGCUUGUACAAGUUGUUAAGGAGUUAAAAAAGGAGAUUUCUGCACGAACGAACGAUUCCCGUACAGAGCUUGUACAAGUUGUUAAGGAGUUAAAAGAGGAGAUUUCUGCACGAACGAACGAUUCCCGUACAGAGCUUGUACAAGUUGUUAAGGAGUUAAAAGAGGAGAUUUCUGCACGAACGAACGAUUCCCGUACAGAGCUUGUACAAGUUGUUAAGGAGUUAAAAGAGGAGAUUUCUGCGCGUCCAAAUGAGCUCGUACAAGUUGUAAAGGAGUUAAAAGAGGAGAUGGCAGCUCUAAGAAAUUUUGCACGUCAAAAUGAUUCCCCUACAGAGCUUGUAGAAGUUGUAAAGGAGUUAAAAGAGGAGAUGUCAGCGCUUAGAACUUUUGCACGUCAAAAUGAUUCCCAGGAUUUUUAUCAACAAAUGCUUGGAGCAGGGUCAGAAGAAGUUGUCAAACUGACAAAUUUCCUGGAGAAAAUGAAAAGUCAACAAGACAGUGAAGUUAGCAAAGGUGAUAAUGCCAAUGAACCGACAUGA